UUCUCCUUCACCUCAGUCUCUUCUGUUUCUCCUCUUCAUCGCACUUUGGUUCCUUCUGUCUCCACAUCUCUGCCUGUUUGGGAAGCCAGGAGAGAGAGGACAUCCAGGAGAGUGCCCCGGUUAAGUGUGAGCACCUUUAGACAUGGAGAGCUUCAAAGACCUGCUGCAAAAGCUGCGGGAGGUCCACGAGCGAGAAGUGGAAGGGUGGCAGGUGAAAGUCAAAGAACUGUCCACCAAGAAGGGCUGCGAUUCUAAACGAAUGGAGGAACUUUUCACCAGAAACCAGCAGAUGAAAGAGCAGCAGCGAUUACUCACAGAGAACAUCAAGACGCUGGAAAACAGACUGAGGGCUGGACUCUGUGACAGAUGCACCGUAACACAGGAAGUAGCAAAAAGGAAACAGCAGGAAUUUGAAGCCUCACAAAUCCAGAGCCUCCAGCACAUCUCUCUUCUAGCUGGAGAAAUGACAAACCUGAAGAAGGAGAACCUGAAACUUAAAGACGAGAACCGGACCUUACGAGCAGCACUUGGCAAAGGGCUCAGCGACAACUCCUCCAGCAACACUUUAGACGUUAAACAAAACCCUGACCUUUCACCGUCCUCUGGAGUCGUGGCCCUCAUCAGUUCAGCAGCUUGUCAGACCAGCAACAGGCCAGUAGAUGGCGACGUUGGAGUGAAGACUGAGGGAGACCACAAAGACG